AUGCCCGCUGAUGACCCGUUUUCCUUUCUGCCCGAGCAGCCUCAACCACAAGCGAAACCAAAGAAGCGCGAUUGGCGUGAGAAGCUCUUUUCCAAGGACAAGAGUAAAGCUGCUGCGCAGACAAACCGAGAGAUCGCAGAUUUCCUGAGCACGUCGAGGACACCGGGCCCGGCGCCAGCGCCAGUACCAGCACCAGCACCCCCACUUAGCGACCCGAGAUACAUCCCUCCACAGAAUGCCUACUCCCCUCCAGAACACCCAGGCUAUCAGCCCAAGCCAGCCACAGCCCCCGCUCCCGUCCCGCCGCCGGUGCCAUCCCAUGACGAUUACUCCGCGUUCGAGUUCGCAGACCGCCAGCAUGAAUCUGCCCCUGCCCCUGCCCCCGCCUCUGCCAAGCCCCAUGGUCGCAAAGGCAAAGGGCUACGCGUGGGCUUCAGCAACCAGACACCGGAUGUGAUUGGUGAAGGUGGUGACGAGUCAGAGCAACCUACCAUUGAGAUCUCAUGGGCUCGUCAAAAAUCGCAGAACCGAGCCCCGUUGGGCAAUAUUUCGUCGCAAAAUCCCUCUCGGUCCCAUUUGCCGGACCUGCGACUUGACACAUCGCUGGGCGAUGGCGAGUCCCGACCUCGACGAGCUGGCUCUUCACCUCGGCGGGACGAUUGGAAGCCGCCUCUCAUGCAGAACAUGCAGGAUUCGGACUUCUUGCUCACUUUGCCGAUGAGCGAAAGCGGCUCCAGGUUAUCUUUCCGCGGAGACAGCGAAGAAAGCGCAUUCGCGCAGCGGAUACGUGAUAAGAUGCAAGCAGAGGAAGGUCGCGCGCUCCAUCACCGUUAUGAUGACGAUGUAUCGUCCCCGGGUGUUGAUGAUGAGGACCUGCCUACUCCCCCGAGCCCACCAAGCCCUGAACCGCCUUUGAAAGGCCAUCACGACCAUAAUGACCCCGAAUCUGCCUACGAAACAGCCCCAACGUCAGUCACAUCGCAUGCGCCGUCAGUCUCGCUCUCAAUGAGAUCGAUUGUAGACUCCAUUCGGAACCCUCCGAGUCCCGCAGUACAACGUGCCCCCGCACCGGCAACUCUCAGUCCCAUUGACCCUCGAAUGCCUCCGAAUCUUAUCCCCGGUAGCCCUGGUAAGGUCUCGCCCACGCGUACCGAUCCUCCGCCCCAACAUCUGCCCGAUCAAAAUCCUGUCUCGCCACCCAGUCGCGAAGGCCAAGCGCCUAAUCCAGAGCCCGUCCGCGCCCCGCAACCGCCUAAGUUCUCUAUCCGCAACAUCGCCAACCAAGUCGGUGAUACCGCAUUUGCCGAGUUCAAGGAAUAUAAUGCACUGUAUGAGAGCAUUAUCCAGCUUGCCGCUGAGAGUGUCAAGCCAUUGAUGGAGACCUCGCUGGGAGAAUGGGUUCGCGCCGCGGUGUGGUGGUUCCUGCGAGGGAAAACCAGACUGGAAGUGUAUGCCCGUUCGCGUGCAACAUUGCCUCCCAGCUUUGCAAAACAGGCUGUCAUUGACCUCGGAAAGGCGUUGUGGAUUAAUGAAAAUAUCGUUCCCAGCCAUCCCGAACUUUCCCGGUAUGGUUCCAUGAGCAUUGACUCCUUGAUAGCCGUUGCAAACACUACAGGCGACAAAAACAUGGUUGAUAGCCUCAGCUUGCAUCAAACCAUAAUCAAUCACCUACGCUCGCUUUCUAUGUCCAUCAAACGCAACAACAUUCUUGCUUUGGUUGUCUCAGAUGAAGGCUCUCCUACACAACUGGAUACGACUAUCUGGCUACGAUACCCUUUCUACGCCCCUGAUGUAUCGGCAGUUCUGUCCGGUGCCGCAACAAGGUCAAUGCUAGCCGAUAAUGGAGGCAAAACACCAAGCUUAGUGCACAUGAUGCCACUGGGUGACACCAGUCGCUACUUCAGCUACGGUACAUUGUUUGUGCAGGUUUGUGUCAGCUCUAGCGAUGACGACGGGCAACAGCAAUAUGCUAUGCCUUGUGCCCUGACGAUUGUACGUGAACGGUCCGAUUGGUAUGUCUUCGCUGCCAUCACCAGUCAAAGUCAGUUGGUCAACAUCAUGAUCCAAUCCGAUCGCAAACAAGGUCCAACGUGGGAGGAUGUAGACUGGCAAGUCCGGUCUCACUCCAUGCGAGUUAAGCUCCCCAGAGGGUUCGAGCUGGAUGUUAUGUUCAAAGAAGAAGAUUUCAAGACCCUCUGGAACAUCGUCAAGUACACGCAGAAGUCGGAGGACAGUCUUCAUCCCGAGGCAGGGGAGACUGUUGUCUUCGAGAAUACCGUGAAGGUUUUCCAGUACAUGGAUCCAGGCACACCAAAGGCAUUCCCUCCAGAUCCAGUGGAAAGGUGUCGCGUGCGCUUAUUUGAGCGUUCUGUCACUAUCACCGAGGGAACAGGCACUCGCAACGCGCACCGUGGAUUCCGAUUGGCUGUCCUGACUAGUCCCAGGGUGAAGACCUUGAGUAGUAUCCGCCAUACUCUGGGCAAUGGGUCACCAGUUGUAUUCGGCCUUUUACGGGGCGAGGACGGUGCCCCUGCGCUAUUGCUGAAGGUGACCGAAGAUGGCCGCACGAGGUCAAUGUUGAUGACUUUCCACGAGGACGAGGAGCGUUCCAAAAUACACUCCGUGUUGCUUGGCAUGUUACCGCGCAAUGGCGAAAUCAAGUCGCCCGAGUUUGCCCUUACCUCCUACAGCAUCGAACAGCCUGCGGAUCCAUUCAGCGGCCGGCCCCUUGUCAAACAUCUGGACUUCCCUGCGGGGAGCGUAUGCGUCAUUGAUCAGGAGCAUGCCUACGUUGAUCAUGGCUAUGGACCUACAAUUCUUUCAGAGAAUCUGAGAGCCCUUGUUGCAACCGAAUGGGGCUCUGUCACAGAUCGUAUCAAUUUAGGGCCCGGAGAAUUGAAGGUGGGCCUAGACGUGCAACGUCCAACGAGCAUGAGUCUUUUCCGCCCUGCGCAGCAUGAUAUGACUCUCUCCCUUGCGGAUAAUCUCAUCCCCCCAGAACUGCCCGGGAAAAUGACCGGACUCCUGGAGAAGAUCACGACCAAGCCCAUGAUUCGACGACUAGACUUCCCUACUAUGCAAGACCUUCACGCAUUCGAGGCAGCAGUAACCGGCUUCCAGGUGCUUUAUGAUGGGAUGGCUUCAUCUUUCUCAAUCUCCCGACGACGCAGUAUGGUCCCCAUCUAUAAGAAAUGGGAAGCUUCUCUAGCUCGAGUUCAGAUCGUUCGACAGGAAAAGGUCGUUCAACUGCUCGCUUUCUUCGGGGAGUUCCAACAUGGUACUUGUAUGAACUUUGUCCUGAAGGGCACAGAUAUCAUGGAAUCAUUCGGUCGGUCUGGUAAAUUUGGCAUACGUAUGGUUGAUGCCAAGUUUGCGCUGCCAAAGAAGGACGAAGACCCUUCUUCAAACUUUGUGUGCCUCGACAUGCCCGAGUAUCCUAUUGAACACGACGACAUUGCUAUCUCCUUUGAUACUGAAUCUGCUCGUGCCACCUUCAAAGCAGCUCUUCCCGGGUCAGUACGAGAGCCAUCGCGAAUGGGCUCCAUUCGCCGAUAA